UCAGCGACUUAUAGCAGGACUGCGGCGGACAUUCUUACACUGGGGGGAACUGACUUGGUGUCACUGACAUCCCCAGUGACACCAAUAGAGUGAUCAGUGCUAAUAAAAAGCACUGACACUGUAUUAAUGGCACUGCGCAGGAAGGGGGUAACAUGUGGGGCGAUCAAAAGGUUAACAGUGUGCUGUUUUGCUAUGUGGGCUGUGUGUGUGUCAAUGAAAGCACACUGCUUUGCUAUGUACUUUGGAGGUGCAGAGCCAUACAAAGCAAUGUGCAGGAGCUGAUAGGGGAGAGAACUGUAUCGUUUACAUACAGUUCUCUCCUUCCUUCGGUAAUGCUCUGUGAUCACCGGGUGCCAGCGAGUAAU